UCGCGUACGCGCGCCUCGUGAGCGAGCAUCAAAUUAGCAUCGAUGAAGUUUGUGCGAACAUGGCGGAUUUCCUGCCGACCAGGUCUGUGUUAAAAGUUUGCCUACCCGUCUGCUUGCUUAAUAGCGGCGAGGUAGAGCAAAUACAAAAGUCUAAGAAGAUCGACAAAAAUCUCUCCCGGGAGAAAAAGUACGUCAAACGGCUGGUAAAGAUCCUGCUGCUCGGCGCUGGCGAGAGCGGCAAGUCGACUUUCCUCAAACAAAUGCGAAUCAUCCACGGCGAUGACUUCGACCAGCGAGCGCGACAGGAGUUCAAACCAACGAUUUACAGCAAUGUUAUCAAAGGCAUUCGUGUGCUGGUGGACGCCCGGGAGAAGCUGCACAUCCCAUGGGGGGACCCAAAGAACAGCACGCACGGGGACAAAGUGAUGGCAAUCAACACCCGGUCGGCCAUGAUGGCCAACGGCCAGCUGGAAACGGCCGACUUUGUGGAGUACCUGCCCGCCAUCAGGGCCCUGUGGGCAGACUCCGGCAUACAAAACGCCUACGACCGCCGCAGAGAGUUUCAGCUGGGGGAGGCGGUGAAGUAUUUCUUGGAUAAUCUGGAUAAGCUGAGCGAGCCGGAUUAUCUUCCCAGUCAGCAGGACAUCCUGCUGGCCCGUAAACCCACCAAAGGCAUUCACGAGUACGACUUUGUGAUCAAGAACGUUCCCUUCAAGAUGGUGGACGUGGGGGGGCAGCGGUCCGAGCGCAGGCGCUGGUUCGAGUGUUUCGACUCGGUCACCUCCAUCCUCUUCCUUGUAUCUUCCUCUGAAUAUGAUCAGGUCCUGAUGGAGGACAGGCAGACCAACCGGCUCUGUGAAUCACUGAACAUCUUUGAGACCAUCGUCAACAACCGCGUCUUCGCCAACGUCUCCAUCAUCCUCUUCCUCAACAAGACAGACCUGCUAGAAGAGAAGGUGAAAACCGUUAAGCUUAAGGACUAUUUCCCCGAAUACACCGGACCGGAGCACAGCCUGCCAGACAUCCAGGGCUUCAUGGUAGACUGCUUCCGCGCCAAACGGCGCGACGGCCCCCAGAAGCUGUUGUACCACCACUUCACCACGGCCAUCAACACUGAGAACAUCCGGCUGGUGUUCCGGGACGUCAAAGACACCAUCCUCCACGACAACCUGAAGCAGCUCAUGCUCCAAUGACCCCUAAAAACCCGAGAAAGCAGAGGACUCGGUUAGAGGCCAACCUGUGACCAUCAGCAUUCCUCUUCAGGCUGUUGUAUUUUGGUUUGUACCCUCCUCUUUGAAGAGUUGGCCCUUUUAGCUAGUUCAGGAUCUUUUCGGAGAACAAGUGGUGUAGACAGACUGUUGCAGAAAGAAGGCUGCUAUGGAUUUUGGAUAACAGUCGGUCCCUGCUGCUUCCGUCAUCUGUCCCGAGUUCUGCCUAACCGUACGUUACAUUGUCGGAGCUUUUCAACUGACGAGGUGCCGGUGCUGACGCCAGUGGAAGACUGCUAAACUCUCUCCAAAGCCGGUGAAAAGACGAGAUGUACAACUUUUGGGGGGGAAAGUGCUUGCAAAAUAGCAACAAAAAAGAAAGGGCUAUAUAACAUAUAAGGAAGGUUAAAGUGACUGCUCCAGAGCUGACUGGCCAGUUUUUGUACGAGUCCAGUUUCCCUCCAUCGUUUAUUCUCCAGCAUUUGCAUUAAUGCAGUUUUUAAACUUUGAAUCUCUAGAAGUUGUCUUUUAAGCCAGUUUAUCACUUAAAGAUGGCACUUUUUUUUUUUUUUUUUUUUUUUUUGUUUUUCCACUUGUUGACAUUUUCGUUUUUUGAAUAAACAGUUAUGGUGUCAGCAUGGAGCUGAAUUUUACCCAACAUACACCUGGGUUCAACACCGCAUUGCAAAAGAGGGCACAAGCACACGACUGAAUGCUUUCUUACAACCUGACCACUGUUUAAAAUGCAGCUUCAGAAAUAAAAGCAAGUUUUUUUUCUUUGUUUUUUUUGAUGACUGGUGAACAAAGUUGAAGCAUCCCUUAAAUUUCUCCUCAGUUCUGGUGGUUUUGAGGGCAAAGAUGACCUUCGUAGACGUUUUAGGAAGGGUUGUUUGUAAAAAUAGUCAUUGGCAUUCUCAGGGUAGAAUUAAACCAACAAUAAUACUGAUGGAAUUUUUGAUUGGGGUGGCGUGACCCAGUCUGUUGUCCACUCCGACAGCCGUUUGGCAUUUAAUGCUCCAUCCUCCUUGAAGCUAAAGAUUCCCUCAUGUCUCGUCUUAAUCCACAACUCCAUGUCUUCUUAGGGAUAGACCUCUUCUCUCCUCAAUCACAUCCCCGAUCGAGGAAAUUAACAGACAUCGUCUGUUAAUAAUUGCACAUCAAAUUUGCUUGAUUGUUCAAAUAUACUGUAGUCCUCUUUUGGUUAUUCCCUAACCCAACAUGUGAGAGUAUCUGUCAGCACUGAACUGUGACUCAAAGCAUCUUUGAGACACCAUUAAACAUUUCCUUUCUGUUUUUACAUGUAAUGUGCUAUUGUGGAUUUCCCUCUCAAAUGUUUUGUGAAUUUAUAUAAAAAAAAACAGGAAAAAUGUGAUGAAUAAUUAAAAACAAAAAUACUGGAGUGAAAUAAUUCUGGUAGAACUAUUUUUUUUUCCUGUUUGGGGCCAAUUUUUGUUUGAGAAAAGAAAUUUCAGGCACUGCAAUAAAUCUUGUCAGACCGGCUCAUGCUUCAUCCGGACUGUUGGCGUCUGCAUGUGCAGGUUUUGGUUUUUUCUUUUUGUUUGCUUUAAUUCCUGACUCUGUAAAUACUGUAAUCUGUUGCUAUGUAAUGUAAAUACUUCUCAGGUUUGACUUCUUAUAUGUAAAUUGUUGUAGAAAAUGCUUUAUUUUCCCACCCAUUAUCUUUUUUUUCCCCCAAUCAUUUUUUUCCAAUGAAGAUGCCCUAUGAGGUAGAUGGUAUUUUGUCAUUUUUCAUCACUUUUUUUUCAAAUUCACACUUCUAAUCUUCAAUAAAAUACACUUUUCUAACAA